AACAAUCAAUUUAGGAGACACCAAUGGCGAAACAAAGGCUGGUUUUUGCCUUCUCAGUCAUUUUCUCAACUGUCUUAACAAUUGCUUCUGGUGCAUCACUCGUCACCUUUGUGUUUGGAGACUCACUGACAGAAGUGGGCAACAAUAAUCAUCUGCAAUAUUCUCUUGCGAGGUCGGAUUAUCCUUGGUAUGGCAUUGAUUUUUCCGGAGGACAGGCGACCGGAAGAUUCACCAACGGAAGGACUAUGGGUGACAUAAUAUCUGAAAAACUUGGCAUCACAUCACCCCCACCGUAUCUCUCUUUGGCUAUAAAUGAUGAUGCAUUGCUCAAAGGGGUUAAUUAUGCAUCCGGUGGAGCCGGAAUUCUCAAUGAGACCGGAUUAUACUUCAUUCAAAGGUUGACCUUUGAUGAUCAAAUAAAUUACUUCAAAGACACCAAGGAAUCAAUCAGGGCGAAAAUAGGAGACGUGGCUGCAAACAAACUGUGCAAUGAGGCGAUGUUCUUUGUUGGAAUUGGAAGUAAUGACUAUGUCAACAAUUUCUUGCAGCCCUUCUUGCCAGAUGGCCAACAAUACACACACGAUGAGUUUGUCGAGCUCUUGAUAUCAACCUUAGAUGGCCAACUUUCGAAGCUGUACCAACUGGGAGCACGAAAGUUGAUCCUGCAUGGAUUAGGUCCUCUGGGGUGCAUUCCAUCACAGAGAGUGAAAUCAAAGACAGGCAAAUGCUUGAAGCAAGUGAAUAAAUGGGUGAAGGAAUUCAACUCCAAAGCCCAAACACUCAUAGCCUCUCUAAAUAAACGCCUCCCCAGUGCAAGAUUCUUGUUUGCAGAUACUUACCCAGCAGUCUUUGAUUUGAUUGCCAGACCCACUGCUUAUGGUUUUAAAAUCUCCAAUACUUCAUGCUGCAAUGUGGACACAAGCGUGGGAGGCUUGUGUCUGCCCAAUUCAAAUAUGUGCAAAAAUCGGAAAGAUUAUGUGUUUUGGGAUGCGUUUCAUCCUUCUGAUGCGGCGAAUCAAGUGCUCGCCGACGAACUCUUUUCCAGCGUAUUUUCCGGGUCUCCUGCUCCUGCCCCCCAGCCCCAUUGAUGUCAAAUCUGAAGCUUCAAUAUUUGGUUGCGUAAUGGGUGGAAGAGGCAUCAUGAAGCCCCAAAAGAGGGAAGCAUACAUAAAAGUCUUGAAUUAAUUGUUACUAGAGUUGUGUAUCAAAGAAAGCGUUGUUGAGGAAGCCGAAAGUUGUACCUACUGAAAUUUAAA